AUGUUCGCCCGUAUCCUGUCCGUGCUGGCUCUUCCCCUGCUGGCCUCCGCCGGCUCCAGCCUCCGCGGCAGUGAGUCUCAAUGCUCCGGUGAUGGGAGCCUCCCUGAGGGCCCUGUUUGCUUUGGCGGUACCUUGCUGACGCAAACCUUCGCCAUCCAUGUGGUGAGCCAUGAUGGAGCCGUCGGCAUUGUGGACAUGAAGGCGGAGGGCCCCCAGUCUGCAGAAUGCCAGGGAGCCCAGUUUCAGAACGACGCCAAUGUCAUCACCAUCGAGAACGAUCAUGGUUGCGGUCUGUCCAACUACGAGUACUCGGUCGCCUACUGCCCCGACCAGGACAGCUUGGUAGUCAACCUCGUCAAACCCUUCAGCGUUCGCAUGGCGCUCGAGCGGCAGGCCUGUCCAGAGGCUGGGGAGGUUUGA